AUCCGCUGAGAGAUACUCCUAUACUCGUAUAUCGUCGAUCAUCUGAUGCUCCUCUCUGCUGCUGCUCACCGACGACGUACGGUUCUGUACCAACGUACAUCACGUAUAUGGCCGGGAGGGAGUGGGCAGGUGAGCGCGAGAUCGAGCGCGAUCCCUGUCCCGAUUCGACGAAUCGGCCGGCCCUGCCUUACACCUGAUACAGCGAUACGCCUCGAUCGUGUAGUAUUGAUUCAUCUUCUCCUUCCGCUAUAUAUAUAUAUGCACACAGUUUCCGUUGCUAGGAAAUCAAUCACUUGGUCCAUAUAUCACAGCUACGUGUGAUCGAUUCAUCCCUUGUUGAAUACUUGUUGUUAACGUUGUUGAUCGAUGGAGAUGAGGGUGCCGGCGGCGGUGACGGGAGGGUGCGGAUGCGGUGUCGACGGCGGCGGAGGUUGCUGCCGCGGUGGUGGCAAGCUCGCCGACUGGGAGGAGGGGAAGGAUGAUGAGAUGAAGAGUGUCGUCGUCAAGGGCUGGACGAGGAUGGCGCAAGUGGUGCCGCUGCACGACAACGCAUCGGCAGAGGACGACGACGACGACGAAGAAGACGAUGACGAAGAUGAUGAUGAUGAUGACGACGAGGACGAUGAGGAGGAGGCGGCGCCGCCGUACGUGAUGGCCGUCGAUGACAGCUCCGUCGACCGCGCCGUCAUCACGGCGCUGCUCCGGCGAUCCAAGUACCGCGUCACUGCCGUAGACAGUGGGAAAAGGGCGCUGGAGAUAUUGGGCUCGGAACCUAAUGUGAGCAUGAUCAUCACGGACUACUGGAUGCCGGAGAUGACCGGGUACGACCUGCUCAAGAAGAUCAAGGAAUCGUCUGAGCUGAAGCAGAUCCCGGUGGUGAUAAUGUCGUCAGAGAACGUGCCCACAAGGAUCAGCAGAAAGAUGCUGUGUUUUUUUUCUCUAUUGGUUUCAGAUGCUUGGAAGAAGGCGCGGAGGACUUCCUGCUCAAGCCCGUCCGACCGGCGGACAUCUCCCGCAUAACCAGCCGGAUGCUGCAGUGAACUCGACUGACCGGCGUCCGCCGCCGUGUUCGCCGGAGGCGAUCUCCGGUGUCGACGGUGGCCAUUUUCUCCGUGAUGCAUUGUAGAUGUAGAUGAUCUUGUAGAUGUAGUAAAUGCUAGGCGAUGAAAUGUACUAGUAGACCGACAAGAUCUUACUUAUGAUGGUCUCUUCGGUUUGAUCUGAUGUUUUGAGUGAUCUGUUUUCUUGUAGCUGUAGCUUGUAGGCAGCUUGUGGCAAGCUAAUGACAUGUGUAUUUGUCGA